AAAAUCCCAGAACCGGGCACAAUCCGGUAAGGGGCCAUGCCAAGUAUAAAUACGGCAUCGAUGUUCCCGGCCUGCACUAAACCGAUCUAGAACGACAACGGCGCCGCAUCGGAAGGGAACGCAAGUCCGUUUGAGCUUAAAAGUGUACUCCAACGAGUAAGUGUGCAGUAAGGAUGAACCUGUUGUACGUCUGCUGUAGCUUCCUGCUGGUGAUGGUGACAUUUGGCGAAGCUGUCCCGGUGGAGCAGGUGGAACAGGACGGGGCGAUGGUUGCGAUGGAAGACUCGCUGCAGGAUCAGCAACCACUCACGCUGGAAGACAUGGUUGCGGUUAACGAUCAGUCCGUGAUGGAUCUGGGCGAAGUGGCCCGCGAGAAGCGACACCAUCGGUACGGUGGCUACGGGGGUUACGGCGGAUAUCGUGGUGGAUACGGUGGGUACGGAGGAUACGGAGGCUAUGGUGGAGGAUACGGAGGCUACAGAGGUGGAUACGGGUAUGGUGGACACCAUGGAGGAUACGGAGGUUAUCGUCGUGGUGGAUACUACUGAGCAGCGGAGGUGUAAAGUGUAAUGUUACAAAAGUACCCAAUAAAGAACGAUUGUGAUA